ACAGUUUUAAGUACUGUAUUCUUUCUAAUAGCUAUCUGUUCUAACAUUGUAAUAAUUUAAUUCCUUUUUAAUGCACCUCUUUUUAUGUUUUUUAAUUGCAUCGUUCUUUGAAUGCUGCGUCUGCUCCAGGGCCCCAUGAUGCCAAAGGAAGCCGGAGAGGAGACCUUCUUCAUAUGCUCCAAAGGCACUCUGCGUAUGCUCCAGGGCACCCCAAUGCAAAAUGAAGAUAGAAGGGAGGAAAGCAGAUCUUCCUAUGCUCCAAAGGCACUCUGUGCAUGCUCAGGGGCUCCCUGCUGGUGCCAAAUGAAGGCGGAGUUUUGGCCAGGUGCCCCAAUGGCAGAAGAAAAGGCAGCUCCAGGAAGGAGACAGACAGGGAGGGGAGGAGGCGGGGAGGGGGGCGUAACGUGGGAAUGCGAAAGCGAAAGCGGGUUUUGCAGACUCCUCCUCAGUUCUUCUCGGAGGUCCUUGCUUUGGGGGUCCCUCUCUGCGGCAAAGAAGAGCCCUGCUGCCAUCAUGGCCAAGUCCUGCACUGCCCUCCAGAUCAGCAAAGGCACCCGGGAAAAGAUGGCCUGUUUCCGAGAGUCCCUUUUAAAAGAGGGAGAAGAAUUCCUGUGCAAAUUUUUACCUGCAAAAAUAUUUCAGUUGGAUCAGUUGCUAAAGGAAGAUGCACUGAAUGUGAAAGAUCUGACUUCUCUCCGUGCCCCACUGGAUAUUCCUAUUCCGGACCCCCCACCCAAAGACGAUGAGAUGGAAACAGAGAAGGAAGAGAAGGAAGCUCCCAAAUGUGGCUACCUGAAGGGCAAUGAAAUUCUCAUUUCGCUUUUGGAUCGCAUCAAACCCGAAGUCCGAGAGUUCAAAGAGAAAUGCGUCUUGGUCACAACCUGGAUUCAGUUCAUGAUUCCCAAAAUCGAAGAUGGCAACGAUUUUGGAGUGGCCGUUCAGGAAAAGGUGCUUGAACGGAUCACGGCCCUGAAGACCAAAGUAGAGGCCUUCCAGACCGCCAUUGCCAAGUAUUACCUAGAACGUGGAGAUGCUGUAGCUAAGGCUUCCAAGGAGACUCAUGUGAUGGAUUAUCGGUGUCUUGUACAUGAACGGGAUGAGGCGAUAUACCGGGAAAUCCAGACCAUGGUUCUUGAUAUCCGUGGGUUCUAUGCUGAACUGUAUCACAUCUUGAGCAAAAACCUGGAGAAACUGACCAACCCCAAAGGUGAAGAAAAGCCUUCAAUGUAUUGAGAGGAGACUUCUUUGCCAUAAAUGUGUAGCGACUGCUACUAUUGCCAAACAGACAAAAAAUUACAGAGGAAAGGAUCAGAGAGAAAUGAAAGAAAACUUUCCCACAUCUUGGCUGGCACAGGAGCAAAUUGCUAAAUGAAUGCUGCUUUGACUUAA